AUGGUAGUGCAGGCCGACAGCCAGGAUCCCUGCAACUGCCAGCACCCUCCUCCACGCAGCUCCACCUGCUCCUGGAGGAAUGGCGCCCUCCUGCUGCUUCUCUUCCUCUCUUUGGAGCAGACAUCUGCAUCGCUAUACCGCAGAGUCAAAGAGAAACCAGGGAAGUGCCCCCAAGAAAGGCUCACCUGUGAUGCUAAAGUCCCAGACUUGUGCCAAACAGAUUACAACUGCCAGAAGCACAUGAAGUGCUGCUCCUUCGCCUGUGGGAAGAAGUGCAUGGAUCCAUAUGCAGAACCCUGCAUGCUACCCGUAAACCGUGGAAAGUGUAAGAAUAAAACCACGCACUGGUAUUUUCAUAGUAAACAUCGUAUAUGCAAAACUUUUAUCUAUCAAGGCUGCCUUGGGAAUGCCAACAACUUCUCCAAGAAGGAGGACUGCAUGAAGGCUUGCUCAUCCACGGUCAAGGCUGGACAGUGCCCACUCUUCCCUUUCAAGGACCGUAUGAGGUGUUCAACUUCAUGUAGGGGUGACUUCGAUUGCCCCUCAAAAGAAAAAUGCUGUGAAUCCACGUGUGGCUUUGAUUGUGCCAUGGCCUGGACAGUCAAAGCAGGUUUCUGCCCAAACAAGCCACCGACAUGUUCCAGGAUUGAAAAACCCAUGUGCCUGCAGGAUGCUGACUGCCCAUCCACAGCGAAGUGCUGUUCGCGCUGUGGACUGAAGUGCCUGGAUUCCCUGAAAUGA